AGUCGCUCGCUGCUCGCUGUUGGGGAUUCAAUAUGGGAGAAAAACAACCCACCACAGUCAAAGAACUUGCUAAGGUCCUAAAUGAGCUCACGGCUAACGUGGCAACGCUGGGCGAGAACGUAAAAGAUGUUAAAACGUCAAUUCAAUUCAUGAGCGACAAAUUUGAUACUAUUCAAACGAGCCUUAGUGAAGUCUGCGCAGAACUCAGGAAUCUGCAGAGGGAGCAUACUACCCUUAAAAAAGAAAAUGCAGAGCUAAAGAAGGAACUGGCUGAUACUCGAGCGGACUUGAUCGAGCUCAAACAGUACAGCAGACAGAACAACAUAGAAAUUAAAGGGUUGCCACAUGAUCCCUCAGAACGUCCCGAGGCCAUUAUACAAGUUCUUGGCGAGAAACUGGGGACCAAGAUUGAAACCGCUGAAAUUGAUGUCGUACAUAGAGUACCUACAAAAGAAAAAGGAAAGACAAAUGUUAUCGUCAGGUUUGUCAGUCGUUCUUCUCGCAACAAGGUGCUUCAGGCAGCAAAGAAGAAAAGGCUAACUACUGCUGAUUUUGGCUUCGAGGGCACGAACGCCGUCUACAUAAAUGAACACCUUUGUCUGGAAAACAAGAUACUGCUUGGGAAGGCCACUCAACUUCGCAAAGAAAAACAGUGGAAAUUUUCGUGGGUUUCGCAGGGCAAGAUUCUUGUUCGCAAGACAGAAACGUCGUCUGUGAUUCAUAUUUCACGAGAGAGUGAUCUUGCCAAAAUUGUAUAAACUUUAACUAGAAAAUAAACCUUCAGAUGUUCUCAAUACAAGAAAUAAUAACUUUCACACACCGACGCAUAACUUUAAGCUGCUACAUUGCAACAUUCGUAGCAUUAAUAGAAAUAUAAAUAGCCUGUGUUUAUUAUUGACUCAACAUAAAUUUCAUUUUGAUGUAAUCGCUUUAACAGAAACGUGGCUAAAACCAAAUGAACUUAUCAACAUAACUGGAUAUAACGUAGUCUCGGUUCCUCGCCCUGGCAAACAUAGAGGAGGGGGCGUGUUGUUAUACAUAAAAAAAGAACUUCAAUAUAAAAUUUUUUCCCCAGCGAUCGAUCAGAUGCGGCAGGAACAUGACAUGUUAUUUAUUGAACUAGCCAAU